AUGAAUCCUAAAGUUUUAGUUCUUUCCAUGGAUAAUUCAACGAAAAAAUUAAGGCCUAAGAGACUAAGAGUUUCUCAUGCGUGUGAUAACUGCAGGCUGAAGAAGAAGAAAUGUGAUGGCCAGCAGCCCUGUAAACUUUGUAAGAAUUCCGAGAACGAAUGUAUAUAUUCGGAUAGAAGAAGGCUAACGACAGGAACUGUAUUAGCUGCUGGGGAAUCGGAAGAACUGGCACCACUGCCACCAAGAGAUGUUGCUUUGAAACUGCUGUGGGAAUCGUGGAGUAGGGCCUGCGUUUUGUUUAGAUUUUACCACAGGCCUUCAAUUGUUAGAAUAUUGGAUUCUUUUUACGAAUAUCAAGAGGACCAACGCCAACACUUUACUGAGGAACAAUCAAAGGCUAGGCCAUUGAUUUAUGCGAUUUUAGCAGUGGGGGCACUCUUCGCCAAGGAGGACUUACAAGAAGAUGAUGUUAGUACAAGGGAAUUUUAUCAAGAUGAAGGUGAAAGUUAUUUUCUGGCGGCAAAAUCCAUGUUGGAUGUUACCAAUAUUACGGAUGUGUAUUCGAUUCAAACCAUGUUCAUGUUGACGAUGUUUUUACAGUGUUCAGGUAAUCUAAAAAGAUGUUAUUCGUAUAUGGGGAUUGCAUUACGUGCGGCUAUAGCUGAGGGUUUGCAUAGAAAGAGUUCACUAAUGGGGCCUACACCAAUUGAAGAUGAAUCCAAGAAAAGAUUAUUUUGGACGGUUUACAAAGUUGAUAUCUAUAUGAAUUGUAUUAUGGGGUUACCGCAGUCGAUUUCUCAAAAAACUGUUAAUAUGGAACUACCAAAGGAUUUAGAUGAUGAAAAUAUUACGAAUCAAGGAUGUAUAGAUCAGCCUUGGGGUAAGCUCAGUAGUACCGGUAUGAACAAUGAGCAUACAAAAUUGAUGUUAAUACUUUCGAGAAUUCACGAUACGUUGUACCCAGUACUAAAAUGGGAUGAAGGCACCCAUAAUAACAUUUUAUCUCUGCAAAACGAUUUGGAUCAAUGGUUAUUGCAACUACCAUUACAGUUGAAACCAGGCUAUGAAUUUUUAGAUGAUACUGAACGGGAUUACUACAUGAAGCCUUGUAAACUGUUAUACAUGGAUUAUCUUUUGGCAAGAAUUUUGAUGUGUAAACCAUUUGUCCAUUACAUUGCGGUUGAGCCUGAUCAAGCUCCACGUUAUUCAUUCCAAAUCUCGAUUGCGUGGAAUUGUAUCGAAGUUUCCCAUCAAGUGAUUCAUUUAGCUCAUGAGAUGAUUGAAAACAAUCUUCUGAGUAGUGGAUACUGGUUUUCUGUGCAUACAAUUUUUUACAGUGUUACUUGUCUCAUGUUUUACCAACAUUUGUUGGACAUUUCAUUGGCUAAAAACAAUGGUUUGGAUGUGCAAAAGGAUUGUGAAUUAGGUGUUGAUAUUCUAAUGUGUUUAAAAAAUAGCACACAGGCUGGUGAAAGAUCCUUUAAUGUUUUGAAUUCAAUCUUCAAAGAAUUUAAUCAUAAGAUGACUGAACUUUCAAUGCAAGCACUUGCAGCAGUGACUCCAAGAGAACCUGAUGUUACGCCUGAAGAUUUGAAAUUUUUCAAUAUGGAAAGUGAUGAAUAUUUGGAUAGGUUGUUAAAAGAUUUCUUACCAGGAGAUAUGGAUUUAGGUGAUAUAGGCUUCGGAAAUCCUGUAUUAGAAGAAUUGGAAACAUGA